GCAAAAUCAGAGACGUGAAUUGGCGGAUUCCGUCUGCACGACUCUGCAAAGCUAAAUCACAUUUCACAAUACCGACAAAUCAGUGCAGUCCGCGAAAGUAAACAUAAUGCUCCGUUGUAUUCGCAGGUAAAUGAUCUUCAACAACAGUUUGGGAAGAAACUUUCAUUUACUGCGAAAAUAAAGCACGGAGAUAAAGUUCUAGACAUGGGAUGUGGAACAGGCGAAGUCACCGCUUUUCUUGCCGAGAUGGUUGGUAAACAAACUCAAGUGGUUGGCGUAGAUCCCGACAUAGAGAGAAUCAAAGUUGCCGUGCAACAGCGGUCUGGUGGUCACGAAAAUAUUACAUUUGUACAUGGAGAUAGUUCGAGUACAUUUCCCCAUUUCAACGAACAGUAUUACGACGUGCACUUUGGCACUUUAGUAACUUUGUCCUUCAAUGGUUGAAUGAUCGAAAAAAGGAAAAAUUCAUCGACACCGCGUCCAAAACCUUAAAACCUGGAGGAAAGAUUAGCC